AUGAACAUUUGCUUAUUAGUCAUCUGCCUACUAAGCCUCGGCUGUCUAGUCUUCAGCAUGGAUUCCAAGGAAUUUACCCUAGAAUAUAUACAACACACAUUAAAUUCCACAAAUGAAGAUGAAAACUUUGCCAUAGCUCCGCAUGCUGCCUAUGAGCUUUACCAAGAUCUCUUUGAAUCUACAUCGAUUUAUGGUUUCCGCCCACAAACACAAAUGGAAGAGGAUCCCCAUUUACCCAAGGCCAUACUCAAACAUGAAUAUCGUAAUGAAAGUUAUGUCGAACAAAAUAUCACCAUGAAAGCUCGUUGGACAUUUAAUUUCCAAACACGUGAUACAAGUAAGCGGCCUUUUCAUCAGCUAGAUUCCGGGGAUCGUACAUAUUUGGUGGAUAAUUUACGGAAGGAUGAUGUUUUUCGUUAUGCUUUCGUUGAGGAGUUGAAUGCCAGUGUUUUGGAGCUGCCAUUACAUUUACAUGAAAUAAAGUUGUUGAUUAUUUUGCCCGAGGAAGAAAAUGGUUUGGAGGAGUUAAAGGAUCAAUUGGUUGAGAAUAUGGAUAUGGUGGAUUAUAUUAGUAAAACUCAGUUCGCUAUGACAUUGGUGCGGGUGAUGUUGCCGAAAUUCUCUUUGGAGGAUGAACAGGAUUUAGUGGAGUUUUAUGAUGAG